UCGACCUUAAUGUCAAAUGUCAUUAAUGAAGUUGAAGUUGUCAAUAUUUGUUAAUACCGUAAAUUGUUGUAAAUAGUUUUACAAUGGUUUAUUAAUAUAAGUAUAGUUUUGAAUUAAACUAUAAUAAUUAUUGAUUAAUAUUAUAAGUUUGUUUAGUUAUGCUUCAAAUAAAGUCAACAGUGUGUGUAGAGUAAUUACUGGUGUAAUGGCAAAUGGUACAAAAGAAAAAUGGGAUCCAGCACUCACUCGUUUAUUAACAUCCCUCCAACAAGCGACAAAUUUACCUUCAACAGAAGAAGAACUGGGAUUCCUGAGUAAUUUGUUACAGUCAAAGGAACUACAUGCUUUGGUGAAUGUACAUAAUACAAUAAUCAGCAAUGGUUCUAGUGAUAGAUUUUUUCCUUUGUUGUCAACAUCUUUGGAUAUUCUUACUGAGAUAUUAGAGGAAAUAGCCCAGAGACCAUACAUGUCCCCUGAUUGCAAGGAACUAUUUUAUCUGUUACAAAAACCACAUAUUCAGGGAGUUCUAUAUUCUCAUGAUUCUGUUGCUCAAAAAGACUAUUAUCCUCAUUUACCAGAAAUACCUCGAGAAGUUGAAGAUGAUGAAGAAACUAUCAAAAUUGUACAGUUGGUUAAAAGUAGUGAACCUUUGGCCGGGGCACAAAGUGCUGAACCUGUUGUUGGAGCUACUAUUAAAACUGACGAGUCUACAGGAAAAAUUGUGAUAGCAAGAGUUAUGCAUGGUGGAGCAGCCGAUAGAUCAGGAUUAAUUCAUCCGGGAGAUGAAGUUGUUGAAGUUAAUAAUAUUAGUGUCGAAGGGAAAACUCCAAAUGAUGUUUUGCAAAUUUUGCAAAACUCAGAAGGUACAAUUACUUUCAAAUUAAUACCUGCAGAUUCAAAAUCUGGAAUUAGGGAAAGUAAAGUUCGAGUUCGAGCUCAUUUUAACUACGACUCAUCAACCGAUCCAUAUAUUCCUUGUAAAGAAGCAGGUUUGGAUUUUGUUAAAGGUGAUGUUUUGCAUAUUGUCUCUCAAGACGAUGCCUACUGGUGGCAAGCUAGAAAAGAAGGCGACAGAAAUAUGAGAGCCGGUCUUAUACCCAGUAGAGCUCUUCAGGAACGUCGAAUAAUCCAUGUCCGUACUCAAGCUGUUAAAAAUGGCGAAGAUGCCGUAGGGCUUUGCUCUGUUUCAGCUUUGCCUGUACUAACCUGCAGUCAGUUUCCGAAAUCCCCUCGUUGUACAUCUAAACCUAAAACUAAAAAGAUUAUAUAUGAUAUAGCUGAAAACGACGAUUUCGAUCGAGAAGAGAUUGCUACAUACGAAGAAGUAGCUAAAUUGUAUCCCAGACCUGGGAUGUACAGACCUAUAGUACUUAUCGGAGCUCCGGGUAUAGGAAGAAAUGAAUUGAAAAGACGACUCAUUGAUACAAAUGUUAACAAAUACAGAACGCCGACGCCUUUUACCACAAGAACGAUGAGACCCGGCGAAGAAGACGGUAAGGAGUAUUUCUUCGUAUCCAGAGAAGUAAUGGAAAAAGAUAUCGAAGAAGGUAAAUUCAUCGAAUUCGGUGAAUAUAAAGGUAACCUCUACGGCACUUCGACGGAAAGCGUCAAAGCAAUUAUUAACGCUGGAAAAGUGUGUAUAUUAAAUCCUCAUUACCAAGCACUGAAAAUGUUGAGAACACCUCAAUUGAAACCGUACAUAAUUUAUAUAAAACCACCGAACUUGGAAACUCUGAAAGAAACGAGGAGUGCUUUUCGUGCUAGAUCAACAUUUGAUAUUAAUAAUUCGAGAGGUUUUACGGAUGAUGAAUUUAAUGAUAUAAUAAAAUCAGCCGCAAGAAUAGAAUUUUUAUACGAUCAUUUUUUCGAUGAAACCAUCGUUAACGCCGAUUUAGCCGUUGCGUUUAGUCAACUAGUAAGUGCAGCAAAUCGGUUAGAAUCAGAACCAUUAUGGGUACCGGCUUCGUGGGUUCAAUGAUUUGUUAUAAUUAUAUUGUUAUGUUACUGUUAACUCAUUUAAAACGAUUUUUUAUUUCUAGAUUGUAGAUUUAAUAAGAAUGUUAUGAGAUUUUUAAAGGGAUUUAUACGCUCAACAGUUGCAGUACACUUCAUUACAUACAUUUUGUUACAGUAAGGUACAAAUGAGAGUUCCCUGACACUUUUUCGCAUACCCCCCACUCUUCUCCAACCUCUCACCACAACUCACCCAUACCCUCUACCACACUCCCACUGAUUUUGAUCUAAUGGAAUUCAAAGAUUUCAAUUUUUCGUUUUACCACUUAAGCUUCGAUAAUAGAUUGCAAUGGAUACAGAUUUUCUUCUGUAUGUGGGUAUAAAUCCCCAUGUUUUUACUUUCCAUUAGUAUAUAAAUUAUGCAAAUUGUUUCAAACGGUUUCUACAUCAAAAUAUUUGAAGAUUUUAUUUUCUUCGGCUGUCUGGUGGCAACCUUAGACUCCGGUUAGCUUACAGUGAAGACAGUCUAAAGUCUAACUUUAUAUUUACUUAUCCAUGCAGAUCAGAAAAUAGGGGAAAAGAAAGACCUUCUUCUUCUAAUCGUACGUUAGGACUGCAGUUGGGAUGAUGAAGAUCAGCUUUCAUACCAUCUUGUAGGUGGUCGGGAUGUAUUCGGACAUCUGACAUUCUGUCCACGUGGUUUCUCCAUUACGUUCGCCAAUGAUAAUCGUUAGUGAGGAUAAGAAAGGGAAAGAAAAAUUAGUUUUAUAUAAAAACGAUUUAAAUUUAUUGUGCAAAGUUGGAUCCAUUUGUGUGAAGUUGACCCCUGAUGCCAGUUCCUUAAACGAUUAAAAAAAUUAAACAGGUUUGUUCCUGAUACGAUAUAGUGCAGAGAACAUUGGUUGAUUGUUGUAUUUGAGGUUUUUUACGUGUAGUAUUAACAAUAAUGGAAAAUGAUUUAGUACUUUCAGAUUUCACUUAUUGCACUGCACUGGCUGAACUGACUCUUAGACCCAGUGCAAGCCAUACAGUAAACUGGGUGAACUAGUUUUCUUGCACUGCUACUAAGAACAGCGGCACUAGCGGUGGUUCUGCUAUAAAGAAUGCUUUAGUGUACACUACUGAACUAGUUCUACUAGUGCAGAUCCCAAGAACAAACCUCACGUCUAAGUUCAUUUUUAUGGCAUCAGAAGGCCAACUUCAUACAAUAAAAGAUGGCACCUUUGAACCAAUAAAUUCAAAUAUAAUUGCUAUUUAAAAAUUCUUCUUUUCUCUCUCACUCUCUCUAACGAUUACCAUUAUGACAUUAAAAAAAAAGAAUCAGGGAGAUAUUUUGGUUGACCUGUGAUCCCCUAAGUUGUAUAAAAGGUUGCCUAUAAGUAGGAUCUAAAGUUAUCGACGAACUUUGUUUCCAAGUUGCCUAUACAACGGAAACAUUGUUAAUAAUUUUGUUCUUUAUCGAAAUUUGUUUUAUUUUCUUUAAUUUUCUACUCCUAAGAACUUUUUUAUAUAUUUUCGUGAUGAUUUAUCUGGAUUUUAGGUCUCUUUUUAAAAAAAUCAUUUUAAAGUAACAAGUAAAACUUGACGUUUCGACCUUCUACGGUCUUUAUAAAAAUAUGACUUGACAAGACGAAGUAAGUCAAUUUUUACUUGUUAUUUUCUUGAUUUUCCUAGAAAAGAGACUUAAAAUCAAGAUAAAUCAUCACGAAAAUCCAUUUAAUUUGACUAUAUAGGCAGUUUUUAGCUUCUUUUUUGAUUCUACAAAGAAAAAAUAAUUAUAACUUCCAGAUUUUGAUGUAGACGGGUUUGAAAUAAUUUUUUAAUAAAUAAUUGUUAACAUUUAAAAUAUUCUAAAUGAUUUUAUAGUACGAUUGACUAGUUAUUUUGGAAGUUGUAGAAGAAUCCAUUUUAUUUGCGGACCAAUGUAGUAAAAAAAUAUUUGGUUUGAAUAUUUUAGCGUGAUAAGCUAGAAUAUAUACGCUAUUGUUGUUGUCGAUUUUUUAACACGUCUAGAGUGUCUUAUUAAUAUUGCUUCUCAGAGUAUUCGUUAGAGACUUCUCCACUGUCGAAUUUGACAGAUAUAUUAGGACCUAUGAUAAUAAGAGUGCCAUUUUCUAUAUGACAAACUGCGUUUCUUCAUCCAAAACAUUUUUGAAAAAAUUGUGCCUCAUUGAUCAUAUUCUAGAGUUUUAAUUUGAUAAGUAAAUAAAUGAUUAAAAACAAGAUAUAUCACGAUGAAGUAGGUCGACAUGUUUUUUAGAAAGUAUUUUUAUGAAAAUUUGUAUACUGAAGUUUUCAGAAAAAUUAAUUUAAUAUAAAUCUAUUUUUCACUUACCUUUUUAAAUGUUGAAAUGAUGAUUUUAUUUAAAAGGGAAAGAAGAUUUUUUAUAAAAAGAGACCCAAAGUCAAGUUUAAUCACGAAAAAAAAAAUAGUUCUCCGAGUUGUUAUUAUACUGUUACUUUAAUUGUUUUAAAAAUUUUAAUAAACGCAAAAAAUCUUGACUGAAAACACAUAAAUAUUUGGAAAUAUUUUAAAAAACUGAUUAGGAACGAGUUUUAGUUUUCUCAAAAUUUUACAAAAACUUGAUUUAGACAUACAAAAAUUGUAAGCACGAAGCCAAAAAAUAGAAUCGUCAUUUGAAUUUUCAAAAUUAUUUUUACAGUUUGUGACUUGACUCUUUGUAUACAAGAAAUUUUUGUUAAGGGAAAGUUUGAAAUAACUGAAAAGUGGAACCUUCUAGACAUAUGAUACUUCAAAUAAAGUUAUGAUUUUGGAAAAAUGUUUUACAGGGUUUUCAAAGAAACAGAUUCAUUUCCACUGGAAAUGAAUUGGAAAUAUUUUAACUGUAACGAGGUUUUGGAAAACUCCCUUAUACAAAUUUUUGAAAAAAUAUUACCUAUAGAUACAGCUAAUUGUGAUUUACCCUAUACAAAAUUAUUAAUAAAUAGUUGUAGAAUUUUUGUCAAAAUUUUUGAUUCAAUUUUCAUAAACUCGAAAAAAAUUACAUUAUAAAUAUUUAAAUUAACUUUAAAAGCUUUUGUUAGGAUUUUUAGUUCCUAUUGUUGUGAUUUAAAGUUACCUUUAUUAUUAUCAUCCCAUUUAUUUUGAUUUUUUUAUUUAAAGACAAUAUUUUUUACCAUACAGGAUGUACAAAAAUCGAAGUUUCAAAUAAUGACAUGCAAUUAAAUCUCUGAAUCCUACAACUAAAAUUUUUGUUAAGCUAAUACAUUUUUAUACAUCCUGUAUAGAUAAAAAAUUAGAUUUUAGAGAAUAUGUUAUUUUUUUUCUAUGUAAACGAUAAUAAACAAUCGAAGUAUU